CGCCGGAGACCAGCCCCGGAGGCCGCCCGGGCCCGUCCCUGUGCCCGGCACCAUGAAGCAAGAGCCUGCAGCCCAGAACACCCCGCCCCCCUCGCCGUCUCCGAACGCAUCCGCGCAGUCCCCCCAGGAGGAUGGCGACCCUCCAGCACUUUGGAUUUUCGGGUAUGGCUCCCUAGUGUGGAGGCCCGACUUCGCUUACAGUGACAGCCGUGUGGGCUUCGUGCGAGGCUACAGCCGCCGUUUCUGGCAAGGAGACACCUUCCAUCGGGGCAACGACAAGAUGCCUGGUCGUGUGGUGACCCUCCUUGAAGAUCGUGAGGGCUGCACUUGGGGUGUGGCAUACCAGGUCCAAGGUGAGCAGGUGAGCGAGGCCCUGAAGUACCUGAAUGUGCGAGAGGCAGUGCUUGGUGGCUAUGACACCAAGGAAGUCACUUUCUAUCCUCAAGAUACACCUGAUCAACCACUCAAGGCAUUGGCUUAUGUGGCCACCCCACAGAACCCUGGCUACUUGGGCCCUGCUCCAGAAGAGGCCAUUGCUACACAGAUCCUGGCCUGCCGAGGCUUCUCUGGUCACAAUCUUGAGUACUUGCUGCGUCUUGCAGACUUCAUGCAGCUCUGUGGGCCUCAGGCCCAGGAUGAGCAUCUGGAAGCCAUCGUGGAUGCUGUAGGCACCAUGCUGCCCUGCUUCUGCCCGACAGAGCAAGCUCUGGCGCUGGUGUGAGGGGCUGAGCCCCUGCAGGGAGUGCCCAUGUGGACAUCAGGGCCAGGUGCCCACCACAGUGCUUGAUACAAACUUGAUACAGCUAGAAUUCCUGAGAUGUCAUGGUAGACAACUGGGGACUUCUCUUCCUAAGCCCCUGUCAGUCU